CUUUUUUUUGGGUCGAAGACUGGGUAGCUUUCAGUAGAUGUGAAAUUCAAGUGGGAUUAAACAGUCUCUUGUGGUUCAAUAGCAAGGAAAUAACAGGCUAUUCACAUCGAUGGAAAUCUCUUCAUAAAAUGACAUUAGGAAGCCAUUGUUUUACGACAAAACAUGGCGCUUGGUUUAAAAGAAUGGUUAGUGUUUGCAUGGCAUAAUGUCAGAACAGCAACCUAAGAUGGCCUUUCAUUCAAAGACACACAAGGACACUAUACUGAAUAAAUUUGACAUGCUGAGGAAAAAAGACAUUCUUUGUGAUAUCACCCUCAUUGUGGAGCAAGUGCACUUCAAAGCCCACAAAGCCCUACUAGCAGCAAGUAGCGAAUACUUUUCCUCCCUGCUGAUGGCUGUGGACUCACCCAGCACAGCUCAGGCUGUGUACCAACUGGAAGGCAUGGCUGCCCAGGCCUUUGGGGCAGUGCUGGAGUUCAUCUACAGUGCUACUGUGUGUGUGGAGCAGAGUGCCGCUGAGCAGCUCCUGAGCACCGCUCGCUUCCUUGGGGUCACUGACCUGCUAUGUGCAGAUGGCAAAGAUGAGGGGGUAUGUGCUUCCCCAUCAGGAUGCAACAGUGACGAACGGGUGCCCAUUGGCUUACAUCCAGACUCUAAUUCAGAGGGGGCAUCCAAAAAUAGUGAGGAGCCUGGCGGUGAGGCACAGGCACCAGCAAUGCGGAAGAGAGGGCGCCCCCGGAAAAACACACAUGCGGUUGUCAAGAAAGUGACAGACAUAAUUGUGAACAACCACAUCCCAGCCGAAUCCAAUCAGGAGUCUGUCCGUGAGGCCAAGACAACAGAUGGGCAGGAUGGAGGCAGCGACCCUGUGAAUGAAGGAGAGGCCACGGAGCGACUGCCUGGGUCACCCGGAGAUGACCGCAAAGAUCCAGAAGAUGCAGAUUACAUUCCAUCCACACGUGGCCUGCGCCACAGCAAGCGUAAGAUCAAGCGGCCGGUUAAGUUGAGUGGCUACCGCCUCGGGGAUGAGGCCGGCGAGCCAGGGCAGCCUGGGAAGCGAGGCAGGAAGAGGAAGUACCCUGACACAGAGGCUCGUUGUGAAGACUGUGGCAAGGUCUUUAAGAACCAUGUGUUCUUGAAGGUACAUCAGCGGACCCAUACUGGUGAGAGGCCCUAUGGAUGCCAUAUAUGUGGAAAGGACUUCACUCAGAAGCACACCCUCCUGAUCCAUCAGCAGAUGCACACGGGGGAGAAGCCUCACGUCUGCACCAUCUGCAAAAAAGCGCUGUCAACCAAACACUCUCUACAGGAACACAUGAAUUUGCACACAGAGCAGAAGCUGUUCAGCUGUGACCAGUGUGGACGAAGCUUCACCCAGAAGCGGCAGCUGAAGAGCCACUACAGGAUUCAUACGGGUCAGUCGCUACCCGAGUGUGCCCACUGCCAGAGACGCUUUCUGGACGCUGCCCAGCUCAAAAAGCACCUGAGAACUCACACAGGUGAGAAGCCUUUCACAUGUGAAAUCUGUGGAAAGUGUUUUACAGCUAAAAGCACCCUUCAGACCCACAUCAGAAUCCACAGGGGGGAGAAGCCGUACGUGUGCAGUGUGUGUGGAAAGUCCUUCUCAGACGCCAGUGCACACAGACGUCAUGUGUCCUCACACUCCGGCAAGAAGCCCUUCAGCUGUUCUGUUUGCAGCUUGUCCUUUGCCCGGCCGGACAACCUCAAGGUCCAUGCCAAGACCCACAGCAAGGAGUGGCCCCAUGACCCCGACACAGCCCCCAGGGAAGGGGUGGUGUUGAGCUCAGGGGUAUCGGGCUCGGCCACUGAAGAUGUGCGGGGCCUCAUCCAGCUGCAGCCCUAUCAAGUGCCUGCGGGCGAGCAGCAGGAGAUUCAGCUCGUGGUCACGGGCGACGUGGAGAACAUCAACUUUGUGCCUGGCCAGGAGUCAGGGAUCAGCAUCAUCACUACGACGACGGAGAGCAAUGGAGCGGGCGGCGGGAGUGACCCCCAGGGCCCCCCCAGCCUCACUCUCCUCACCCAGCCGUCGGGGCACCACAUGUUGGUAACGCAGGACACGGCUGACCCCGGCGCCCACAUCCAGACCAUCAGCAUGGUGGAGGGCCAGGUGGGCGCUGGGGGUGGCAGCGCCGGGCAGGGCGAGCAGAUGCACGUCAUCACCCUUACCAAAGAGGCCAUGGAGCAGCUGCACCAGCAGGCUCAGGUGCAAAGGCAGCCAGGCAGCCAGGGGGCGCUGCAGCUCCUGCCCCGCACCACCCAGCUCCUGCAGCAGCCCCACGCCAGCCUGCCACAGCUGACCGUGCCCCCGGACACGACCCCCACGCAGGGGGAGAGGGAGAGCCAGGCCAUUCACAUCAGCAGCCAGGCCGGCCAGCCCAUCUGCAUCAGCCAGACCAGCCAGCAGAUCCCUAGCCACCACAUCCAGGGCCAGACCUUCCAGAUUCAGGCAGGCAGCGUCUCCUACCUGUACACCACCAGCCUUGCCCCUAACACCUGAUCCAGGUGCCUGACCAAGGCGUCUUCCCCAGCGGCAGCAUGAUCUCACGAAAAGCAAACUGCAAAAGACUGGAAAGUGAAAUCCUGUAAAGACCACUGGUGUAGUGUCACUGGUGGUGACUGCAAGUCUUAUUUUUUAAAGGGACCUUCUGUGCCUGUUCCAAUCAAUUUUAAUGUCAUGCUCAUUUUAUUAUCCUCUUGUUCUUUUUUUAUCUGUGUCAUUAUGUGAUGUGAAUGUAUUCAUGAAAGCUCCAUGUGGCAAAACUUUGAUCUGUCUAGACAGUUGCCAUUUCUGUACAUGAAAGAAUUGAGAGAAUGUGUUUUUUAACUGUAAAGAUUUAUCUUUUAAACAAUCAGAGAUACUUUGGAAAAGUAAAGAGCCUUCAAUCAAA